AUGAACGCGACUCCUACGAAUCGGCUCAAACUGACGCCGGGUAAUUCCCCUUAUCUUCAACGACCAACCUCCCGAACCCCCCUUCGCGGACGCCUCCCCCAUGAGUCUCGCCUCUCUCUCAAGCGGGUGAUCGGCACCACCUGUGCCUCGCCCACGGGCUUUGACACCGUAAACUCCUCUUUCGCUUACAUCGCCGGCGGUGCCGUCGUAGUUGUCGACGUCGACGGCGAGCACUACGCCCAGCGCUUCUACCGCGCCCGCCCGACCGCCACUCCUGUCUAUGGCUCCGCGUCCCUGUCGAACAACUACUCGGCACCAUCGACGCCCAAGGCCAAUGAUAGUAGGAACCGGGUCGCGGCUGGAAUCCGCGAGUCGCAGAGCUGGUCCGACUCGCCAAGCUCGACAUGGACGAGCCGUGAGCGCAUCAAGGCGGCGACAUGUCUGGCGCUGAGCCGCGACGGAAGAUAUCUAGCCGUUGGCGAGACUGGCUACGCUCCGCGCGUGCUUAUCUUUAACCUCGAGGAUGCAUCGUCCGAUGUGCCCUUGGUUUCCCUUAGCGAGCACGGUUUCGGCGUGAGGGUGGUGGCUUGGUCGUCCGAUACCAGAUGGCUUGCUUCUCUGGGCACUUCCAACGACGGCUUCCUUUUCAUCUGGAGAAUCGACCCCCGUACGGGCGCAGCUAAGCUGUACCAGCAAAACCGAUGCACUUCCACUAUUAAGGGAAUGGUGUGGAUGGGCAACAGCCUGGUGACGCUCGGUGUGCGGCACAUCAAGAUAUGGCGAGUCGAGGAACCCCAGUCGACCUCUCCGUCAAAGUCUAGGUUCAACGAGGCCAAUUCCACCCCUCAGCCGCCCCAGAGACUUCUUAACGGGCGCAACGUGCUUCUCGGCUCACUGCUUGAAGCAUCCUUCAGUUGCGCGGCCGUGGUCGACGAAACGAAUAUCAUUAUCUGCUCCGAGGCCGGCGACGUGUGCAUGGUGGAGGACGAUGGAAAACAAACGAGACUCAUUAAGUGCCUCAAUGUGGACUUUCCUAUCACCUCUAUCACCAUCAGGCAUGCUACCGCAUACCUAUCAGGAAAGGCAGGCCAAGUCGCGACGCUUAAUGUGAGAGCGGUACUUGACAGCCUUCCGGACAGCGUGCUUUCCCAAAGCGUGGCGCCGUCUGGGUUGGUAGCCAUGGGCUUUCUCACAGAAAACCUCGUCACCAUCGAUGAGAAGCACACCGUCGAUAUAUGGAGCUCCAGCUACCUGCCAGGGAAGAACGAAGAAGACCCCUCCCAUGUUUCCAUACCGGGCCACGGAGACCAGAUUCUUGGUAUUCAGACCUUGGCGAAGCCGAACGACCAAGGCGCAGAUUUCUUUACCUGGUCCGGCUCUGGCAAGGUCAUCUUCUGGGACAUGAAAGGUAGGAUCAAGUGUUCGCUCGAUGUGCCCAUCGAACAGGCCAUCCCUGAGAACGAGAUGGACCCGGUCAAUCAGCUCAACGUGGUCCGAGCCACCAGGGCUGGGAAGAUGCUUGUAGCAGCCGACAAGUUUGGAGUCCUCAGAAUCAUGGACUUGUCGACAAAGGAGUGUCUGCUUGAGACGAAGGCGCAUUCUUCGGACUGCCAGGAUAUCACCAUCUACGAAGACGACAACAAGUUUCUGCUGGCGACAUGUGGUAGGGACCGGACAGUACAGCUGUUCCACCGCUCAUCAACCGGAGAGUUUCGGCACUACCAAACGCUCGAGUUCGCCGCCAGAGUCGUACAAACUCUCAUUCCGGCAGAGGACAAAAUCAUAACAUGCUCUCUCGACAGGACUUUGCAAGUCUAUGACAUAGUCUGCAAGGAGGACGAUGUUGACGAAAUUGCUGCUCUCCCCUCGCGGACCAACAUCCUGAAGGCAGCGCCGACGUCCUUUGCACUGGGUCUGGACGACAGAACCGCAUUCGUCUCCAUGUUGGACCGCUCGGUCUGCCAGUACGAUCUCUCCAAUGGCAAGCUUCUCAACUGCUUCAAGUGUGUUGACGAAGGCGGAUACGAAACAGCCAUAAUGGACUCACUGAUCUUCAGUCAGCCUUCCGGCAAAGACUCGGGCGUUCUGCUAGGCGUAUCGAACACAGACAAAUCCGUACGUCUCUACGAUGCUCACUCUGGCCAGUUCGUGGACAGAGAAUGGGGACACACGGAGGCCAUUAACGGCGUUACGUUGACUGACGACGAUGAUGGCUCUCAAAGAGUCAUUAGCGUCGGAUCGGACGGCACUGUGAUGCUCUGGGGUAUAGAAGGCGAAGACGCUGCGCCGUCCUCGAUUAGCAGAGACCCGUCGCCCAUGAAAGACGGAUCUGCUGCUGCCAGACCACCACUGAGGCGCGUGCUCUCAAAAGCCGAACUUGCUGAGUUCCAGCGGCCCUCUUCUGCGCAAGGGGGCCGUCGAUCGCCUCCUAGAACCAUUCGGAGGCGGACGUCGCGUUAUGGCUUGAGCAACAGCGUCAGCACGCCCAAGACGGCUAUGCAAAGCAGCCCGCUCGCCGAGGAUACCCCGUCGCGGCGGUCUUCCGGCAGCCAGUCAGGCAGCCCACCGAUCAGCCCGAAGUCUAGAACGUCUAGGCGACCCUCACUUCCGUCCUUGGGCCUGCCACCGAAAAAGAGCUCGCCGAACCUGCGCGGUUUUGGUAGCCUCAACAUGGCCACCGAGCAGACCUGCCGUUCGCUGAGAGCGUACAGAAAAAAGCUUUCAUCCGCGGACCCUCUCAGCGAAGACGUCAUUUUCGAGCUCGAACAAGAAUUGCGACUGACGGCCGCCGCGCUUGGUGAACGGGCCACGAGGACUAAAGCCAUGCACGACACCGCACUUCUCAGUGGCCUCCUUGACCAGUACGAGGAGCGUCUGGCUUCUAUGCUCGACGAGAAGUUGCGAAACACCUUCCAGGCGAGAGAGGUCACCACUCCAAGCGAGGAGCGAGAAGAGGUUCUCCUCUCCCAGCGACCGGGCACGGCCGGUGGCGAAACAAACUCUACAGUAUCAUCAUCAUAA